CAUACCUUUGUCACCUCCUUUCUCUCUCUCUCUCUCUCUCUCUCUCUCUCUCUCUCUCUACAAAUUCCUCUCUCUUUCUCUCUCUCUCCAUCACAAUCCCAAUAUCUCUGCAACCACUACCCACAAUUCUCAUCAAAACCCCAUAUCCUAACCUCCCAAUUAAUCUCUGCUACCUGUUCUUACAAACCCUAGAUUAGAAAAACCUGCAACUUCAUUACACCACACUUGCAAGAAAUCAAUUCAAGAAGAAGAAGAAGAAGACGACCACCAUCGAAGAGAAUUAAUUAACAAGAUAAGGAUAAAUCGUCAUCAUCGAUGGAGCUCUUUCCAGCAGCACAGCCAGACCUAUCCCUCCAAAUCAGCCCUCCAAACUCAUCCGCCACCAGCUGGAUCAGACGAAACGCCGCCGCCGCCGCCGCCGGCGACGAUCACCACGAAAUGGCCGACAAUUUGGCCUUCCUCAAAAGAUCUCUCCACCCACCAAACCCCGUCUCCUCCACCCCCAAUUCCACUUGGGAUUCCGACACACCCCAUCAUAUUCUCCAAGGCGGCGCCGCCGCCGCUGCCGCCGGCUCCGGCGGGCACUAUUUCCUCCACCAUCACCAGCCCCACCAAGAUCAGCUCAACUUCUUGAGACCUAUAAGAGGAAUUCCGGUCUACCAAAACCACCCGGCGGCGGCUUCGCCGCCGUUCCCAUUAAUCCCUCCCCACCACCGCCACGUGGACCCGUCAAUGCCGCCGUCUUCCGCCGCCACUAGUUUCGCCGGGGCCCAUUCAUCGGCUUCAAAUUUUCACCACAACCACCAACAGACGGCAGGGUUCAUGCGAUCGCGGUUCCUCACGAGGUUUCCGGCCAAACGCAGCGUCAGGGCGCCGCGGAUGCGGUGGACGACCACCCUCCAUGCCCGGUUCGUACACGCCGUCGAGCUCUUGGGCGGCCAUGAAAGAGCUACGCCCAAAUCAGUUCUUGAGCUCAUGGAUGUCAAAGAUCUCACCUUAGCACAUGUCAAGUCCCAUUUGCAGAUGUAUAGAACCGUGAAAUCCACUGAUAGGCCAGCUGCUACUUCAGGGCAAUCGGAGGUGUUCGAAAACGCGUCGUCCGGCGACAAUUCCGACGACUUUCUAUUCGACAUCCAUAAUCCUCAAAAGUCAGAAGCUUCAUCAGUUCAACAGGGAAGACAAAUGCUUGUGAAUCAUCAUCAGGACAAGGGUUUUCAUGCCCAAUGGAGCAAUUCCUCAAGAAGAGAAGCUUGGUUGCAUGGGAUAAUAAAGGACUGUGGAGGUGGUGGUGCAGGACACACACAAUCUCUUGAGAAAGAAAUGGAACGAGAAAGCCAUAGUCAAGACAGAAUAUCAGAGGCAAGUUCAUCGACUAGUGUAUCAGAGACAAGUCCCAAGAAGCCUAAUUUGGAGUUCACCCUUGGGAGACCACACUGAUAUAUAUAUAUAUAUAUAUGUAUGAUCGAUUAAAAUCUGAUCAUCCAAUUUCUCACUACUCUACCCUCUACUACACACUUUCAAAAUAAUUAAUAUUACAGUAGAAGAUGGAAAAUUUCUUAUAUAUAUAUAUAUAUAUGUAUUGAUGUAAAAGCCAAAGAAAAACAUGCAUGGAGACAAGAAAGCACACAAAAGGAAGAAAGAAAGAAAGAAAAUUUCUCACUAAAGACAUGUGUGCUUGAUGAGUUGUUGUCAAAAGUUAAUUAUUAUUAUUAUUAUUAUUAUUAUUAUUAGUUGAGUAAAUGAUUUAAAAUUGUAAUAGAUUUUUGUUUCUGUUGUGCACUUUGGGAAAAAGGAGUUGGGGCUGGAAAAUUAAGCUUUGUGUAAUUAAAUUAAUAUAUACAAUGGUGAUCAGUGAUUUAGGGUU